AUGUCCUCAACCUUCAGUUAUUUUUCGGGGACGUCAGGCAGUGGCUCUUGCACGCACUCCAUUAGCAGUGAAUCCGAUUCCUGGUCCCGCCACAGUGCCAUCAUGCAUCAACCACCACCAAUCUACGGGACUGCUAGCGAGCCUCCGCUGGUUUAUCAACCCCAUCCAAGCGCCAAACGAUUUUCUCCCCCACAUCGUGAUUGUGGUCCUCUAGACACUCAAUCUGUUACCGCAAGGCCGCCAAAGAAAGUAUCGCCGGAGUUUGAGUUUCCCAUGCCAUACAGCGGUCUUCCGGUGACUUCACACGCCUCUGUUGGGAUGACUGUCUCUCCCGUGGGGCCUUUGCCGCGUCCGAUUCUUUCGCGAGAGUGGGAACACCCCGCUCACCUGCCUCCGGAAUCGCUUAGGCGCGAUUACAACUUUGUUAAGCCAGCAGAGAAUCCGGAGUACCUGGUUGAAAGGAAUAGCCGACGUAAUUCUGAAAAGAUCAAAGGCACUGUCCGUUACCACUCACAGAGACGACCAUCCAACCGGGAUGAAUUUGAUGGACCCCAUCAGUUACUAGAUAUCCCCUCUCCGCGUAUUAUAGCGGCUCAGGGAAGGGAUCUUCCUCAUCUUCCUACUAAUCUUGAUGUUUCAGAGCAAGAUCGAAUCCUGAGCGCAGUGAAUGACCGGCUGUCGCAAUGUGCUUUUGACUUUGUUGCAAAGUAUCAAUUUCCGAUUCCACUGGAACCGGACAAGAGACAGGUGAGGAUUCCCUCAGACCGUGAAUGGACUGAGUGGGUAUAUCUCCUUAAAAGACUGGCCACCAAGCGCCGCAUUCCCGCCCGGGUCUUGUAUAAUGGCCAAAUCAAGCAAUUAGUCACGGUGCUGGAAAACUCCCUGGAAAUGAGGCAUGCUGCCAAGCAUCAGUCUAGACCCAUCAAGGAUGAUCGAAAUGUUCUCCAGCUAAUUUCAGCCGGCACCCAAGUGGCAAAGAUCCUUAAAGAUGCCAGUGCCAUGGAGUACUUAGACCGUCUUUAUGUUGACACGGAGAAGCGCAUUCAGGAUCGACGUACUCGCCGGGUAAAGUUCGCCAAUCCAUGA